AUGGGUGGCUCCUUGUCCCGUCUAUGGUCUCUGUUCUGGUCGAAGAAGGAGAUUCGCAUCUUGAUUCUGGGACUCGAUAAUGCUGGAAAAACCACGCUGUUGUAUAGAUUGAAGAUUGGCGAAGUCGUCACUACGAUACCAACCAUCGGGUUCAAUGUCGAAUCCGUGACCUACAGAAACUUGAAUUUUAAUGUUUGGGAUCUUGGAGGUCAAACAUCGAUUCGGCCUUAUUGGCGCUGCUACUAUGCCAACACCGCCGCCGUCAUCUUCGUCAUUGACUCGACGGAUAUCGAGCGAUUGGGCACGGCUGCGGAUGAGCUUGCCGCCAUGCUGAACGAGGAAGAGCUUCGCGACGCGGCCCUUCUGGUCUUCGCCAAUAAACAGGAUCAGCCCGGCGCCAAGGGUGCGGGGGAGAUAUCAGAGGCCCUGAAGUUGGGUGAACUCCGCGACAGAAAUUGGAGUAUCGUGGCGUGCUCUGCUAUUGAUGGAAAGGGUCUGAAUGAAGGCAUGGAUUGGUUGGUGGUGAGUAUCUCUGUCCCUGUUGGUUGA